AUGGCGACGGGGUAUUUCUCAUAUCUCCGCCUGAAGGCAGUUGCCGUUGUGCUGCGCCUGCUGAUGGGAGGCGCCUUCUUCUUCCGGCGUCGCCUCGAGAGCGCCCGGUACGCAGGGAAGCAGCGACUGAAGAUCCCGUCGCGCGACCCCGGCCGGCACAUUGCUGCAGAACUGCACCUUCCCGAAGAAACGAAGUCUCCCACGCCCGUCCUGAUCAACUGGCACGGCAGCGGCUUCGUCCUGCCGAACCUGGGCAACGACGCCGCGUAUUGUGCGCACAUCGCCCGCACGACGGGGAUCGCCGUCAUCGACGCUGACUAUCGCAAGGCGCCGGAGAACCCGUUCCCUGCGGCGCUGCACGACGUCGAGGAUGUCAUCUGCUGGGUGGCCAGCCAGCCGGAGCGGUUCGACGUCGACCGGAUCGCGCUGUCGGGCUUCAGCGCGGGCGGCAACUUGGCCUUGGUGGCAUCGUCAUCAUCAUCAUCAUCAUCAUCAUCAUCCCUGAAGGAGCGAUUGUCACGGUCGAUCGACAUCAAGGCCGUCGUCGCCUUCUACCCGCCAACAGACCUCUCCAUCGCUCCUGAGGCCAAGAGAGCGCCCAAGCCGCGCCGUCCGAUCCCAGCCCGCAUGUCGCGCCUCUUCGACGCGUGCUACGUCCCGGACCCGGCGAGCAGGAAGGAUCCCCGCGUCUCGCCGUCGUACGCGGAGAAGGGGGCUUUUCCAGGGACGGUGGUCAUCAUCACCUGCGAGGGCGACACGCUGGCGCCGGAGGCGAAUGCCCUGGCAGAAAAGCUCAACGACGGCAGUCGUCGAGUGGUGCAUCGCCAGCUGAACGAUGUCGGGCAUGCCUUUGAUAAGAUGGGCAAGGAGGGGUCGCAAGAACGCAAGAUGCGAGAUGAAUCACUGUUUAGGUAUACAGUACACAACACAGACUUUGGUGUAUACACCUUAUUUUGUAUACUUAGUCGUAUAUACUUCGAAUCAAUACUUACCAUGUCCAUCCAACUCCCCGACUUCGACCACCUCACCCUCGAUCCCUCCGGCCCCAAGGGCAACGCCUGGGGCCUCUUCGGCAAGGACGACCAGCUGGGCAUGCUGAACCUGCUGACGCCCGAGGUCGUGGCGACCGCCGCGCGCGAGGAGAUCCGCGAGGGCCUGCGCUUCUCGCUGGACUGGGAGCUGGACCGUCUCGCGCAGCCGGCGUUUGGGCGGCAGGUGUUUGAGCGCAAGCUCGUGCACAAGGCGCCGCGGACGGUGAACGAUGAUAUUGUCACGUUCAAUACGCAGUCGAGUACCCAGUGGGAUGGGUUUAGGCAUUAUGCGAAUCAGGAGCAUAAGGUCUUCUUUAAUGGGCAUAAGCAGCCGGAUCUGGAGAAUAGUCUUGUGCUUGGUAUUGACGCAUGGGUCAAACGCGGCGGCAUCGUCGGCCGGGGCGUGCUCCUCGACUACGCCGACUGGGCAGAUCGACACAACAUCCCAAUCAAGCCGUUCGAAUCGAGCAUCAUCCCGCUGGUGACGCUGAAGGAGAUCGCGCGCGAGAACGGCAUCACCUUCCGGCCCGGCGACAUCCUCUUCGUGCGCAGCGGCUUCACGGCGGCGUACGAGAAGCUCUCCGUCGAGGAGGCGCGGGCGCUCGGCCGCCGCGAGUCGCACGACUUUAUCGGCGUCGAGUCCGGCGAGGACACGCUGCGCUGGCUGUGGGAGAACAAGUUCGCGGCCGUCGCGGGCGAUGCGGUGGCCUUUGAGUCCUCCCCCGUUACGGGCCCGCAGAUCCCGCAGGAUUACUCGCUGCAUCAGUGGUGUCUGGCUGGCUGGGGCAUGCCGCUGGGAGAGAUGUUCUAUCUGGAGGAGCUGGCGGCGUACUGUCGGGAGAAGAAGCGGUGGACGUUUUUCUUGUCGAGUGUGCCGUUGAAGGUCCCUGGUGGAGUGGCCAGUCCUCCGAAUGCGAUUGCCAUCGUGUAG